GCGAGGCUCCGCCCCGCGGCCGGCGCUCGGCUCGCUUCCUCCGACGGGGACGCGGCCCCGCCAGGCGGCGACGCCCGUCGCUCUCCAGCCCGGCCCCCGCCGCCCGAGCGGACGUUGGCCGCCCUUCUCCCGGCCGCCCGGGCUCCGCGGCCUGUUGGGAAGCGCCCGAGCGCGUUCCUCGCCCCACCCUCCGCCUGCCCCUCGGUGGAAACGACAGCUGCUGCGGCGGCGGCGCCGGCGCCACCUCCCUCCACCUCCCACGUCUGCCCCCCGCGCCCCGGCCCCGCCGCGGCGCCUCCCCGCUAGCUCAGCCGGCGCUCCGCCCGGCCGCCUCCCGACAUGAACAUCAUGGACUUCAACGUGAAGAAGCUGGCGGCCGACGCGGGCACCUUCCUCAGCCGUGCCGUUCAGUUCACAGAAGAAAAGCUGGGCCAGGCAGAGAAGACAGAAUUGGAUGCUCACUUAGAGAACCUCCUUAGCAAAGCUGAGUGUACCAAAAUAUGGACAGAAAAAAUAAUGAAACAAACAGAAGUAUUAUUGCAGCCAAAUCCAAAUGCCAGAAUAGAGGAAUUUGUUUAUGAAAAAUUGGAUAGAAAAGCUCCAAGUCGUAUUAACAACCCAGAACUUCUGGGACAAUACAUGAUUGAUGCAGGGACUGAGUUUGGCCCAGGAACAGCGUAUGGCAAUGCCCUUAUUAAAUGUGGAGAAACACAGAAACGAAUUGGAACAGCUGACAGAGAGCUGAUUCAAACUUCAGCGUUAAAUUUUCUUACUCCUUUAAGAAAUUUUAUAGAAGGAGAUUAUAAAACAAUUGCUAAAGAAAGAAAGCUGUUACAAAAUAAGAGACUGGAUUUGGAUGCUGCAAAAACCAGACUGAAAAAGGCGAAAGCUGCGGAAACUAGAAGUUCACAACUAAACUCAGCUCGCCUUGAAGGAGAUAACAUUAUGGUAAAUUUCUCUUACAUGCUCAACUACCUGCAUGUAAAAUGGCUGAAGAUUUGGGCAGAGGAAGUGACAAAAUCUGAACAGGAACUAAGAAUAACUCAGAGUGAAUUUGAUCGUCAAGCAGAGAUUACCAGACUUCUCCUAGAGGGAAUCAGCAGUACACAUGCUCAUCACCUCCGCUGUCUGAAUGACUUUGUAGAAGCCCAGAUGACUUACUAUGCACAGUGUUACCAGUACAUGUUAGACCUCCAGAAACAGCUGGGAAGUUUUCCCUCGAAUUAUCUUUGUAACAACAAUCAGACAUCUGCAACACCUGGGACAUCUGUGCCAUCUGUUUUAUCAAAUGUUGGUUCUUCUGCCAUCGCUUCAACAAGUGGCUUAGUAAUCAGUUCUCCUUCCAACCCCAAUGACCUUAAGGAGUCAAGCGGCAGCAGAAAGGCCAGAGUUCUCUAUGAUUAUGAUGCUGCAAACAGUACUGAGCUGUCACUUCUGGCAGAUGAGGUGAUCACUGUGUUCAGUGUCGUUGGAAUGGAUUCCGACUGGCUAAUGGGAGAAAGGGGAAAUCAGAAAGGCAAGGUGCCAAUUACCUACUUAGAACUGCUCAAUUAAAUAGGUGGACUGUGCAAAGGUUACCCAUCGUGACACCGUAUUUAUAGGCAGUUCACUCUUAAGUAAAACAGGUUUAAGUAUCUUCCAUGUUAAUGUCUUAAGAGACUGAAAGGAAAAUACCAGCUGUCAAAAACUGGCAUUUCUGCCAAUAAAGUUGCAUGGUAAAUAUUUCAUUAUAGAAUUUAUGUUAGAGCUUUCAUGCCAACAAUGUUUUCUUACAAAAUUCUUUCUACUGAACUUUCACUAACUAAGCAACUUCUACUUUGGAGACCCAACUUACAGCAGAACUGUUUUAUACUGAAUUUCUAAUUAACAGUAAGCUUUUUCUUUUAUGUAAAAUAAAUUUAUUGUGAAUUGAUAUUUCAGUGACUCAUUUGUUAGGUAUAAUUAAUAGCCAAAGAAUAAAAUUAAAAUCUUUUAAACUGUUGAUUUAGAACUCUAGGAUAUAAACUUAUUUUAUGAAAAAUA